AUCACACUCUUCUUCACUAGCUGCUCUCUCUCUCUCUCUGCAACGAGCAACAAUGGCUGCUCCUGCACUGUUGUCACCUCCUCGUGCUUCUCCUGCCACAAUUUCCAGACACCUCCCCUGCCGGGCUCCCAAGACAGAGAAAUGGAAUAAAUGCAGAUUGAGGUCCCCGGAACUUCGCUGGGUUUCUUCUGACAGUACAAGCGGCAGCAGUCCACGGUUGCCCAAGUCCCCUUUUACGACAAUGUGCUCCAAGGACGCGUCCAUUUCUCCGGACACGUUCGAGGGAAAGAAGAGGGUCUGGAUUUGGACAGAGAACAAGCAGGUGAUGACGGCUGCUGUGGAGAGGGGAUGGAACACUUUCUUGUUUACACGCCCAGAACUUGCAGAUGACUGGUCAUCGAUUGCUAUGAUACAACCCCUUUUUAUCAAAGAUGGACUUCUUGUUGAUGGAGAGGAGAAAACAGUUGCCACAAUUAUUGAGGUUUCAACUGCGGAAGGAUUACAGAGGCUCCACCCUGAGGAUGGGCAGCCACAAAAUAUUGUCUUAGAUUUGCUAGAUUGGCAGGUAAUCCCAGCAGAAAACAUUGUGGCAACAUUUCAAGGAAGUCAGAAGACUGUUUUUGCCAUUUCAAAAACCCCAACAGAAGCACGAACCUUCCUCGAGGCCCUGGAGCAAGGUCUUGGUGGAGUCGUCUUAAAGGCUCAAGACACUGAGGCUGUAAUUGAUCUGAAGGACUAUUUUGAUAGAAGAGAUGAAGUGAGGAACCGAUUGAGCCUAACCAAGGCUUCAAUAAUCCGGAUUUCUACAGCUGGGAUGGGUGAUCGAGUGUGUGUAGAUCUCUGCAGUCUCAUGAGACCUGGUGAAGGGCUUCUGGUCGGAUCUUUUGCAAGGGGACUCUUCCUGGUUCAUUCUGAGUGCUUGGAAUCCAAUUACAUCUCCAGCAGACCAUUCCGAGUCAAUGCCGGACCAGUGCAUUCCUAUGUUGCUGUCCCAGGAGGAAGAACUUGCUAUCUUUCCGAGCUAAAGACGGGCAAAGAGGUGUUAGUUGUUGAUCAUGAAGGAUUUCAAAGAACAGCCAUUGUGGGACGCGUAAAGAUUGAGACUCGACCAUUAAUACUGGUGGAGACAAAGGUUGACUCCUCGGAUAGUCAUACUGUUUACAGCAUUUUCCUGCAAAAUGCAGAAACCGUUGCCUUAAUCUCUCCCUCUGACAAAGGAAAUGGAACACAUGGAACAGUGAUCCCCGUGACCUCGCUGAAGGUUGGAGACGAAAUCUUGUUGAGAGUUCAGGGAGGAGCCCGCCACACCGGAAUAGAGAUUCAGGAAUUUAUUGUUGAGAACUGAACUGUGAAAAAUUGGGAAACUUCUGUAUCCGUACUUGCAAUUUGCUAAUUAACUUUGAAAUGGAACAAAACACCGUAAUGUUCACAACCAAA